AUGGGGACAGAAGACUAUUCAGAGUUUGAACCAAGAUUAAAUGAGGUGAUUUUUGAGGAUGAGAUAGGUAACAGUAGGAAUAAAAUGAUUUGGUCGGAAAUAGGGCACAUUGUGCAUUCAAAUAGAAAACCUCAAUAUAGUUUAUCAUCCAUUUUAAGGAGAACUAAUUUGUUUGAUGAACAGGAGUUUAAUCAAGAUGAAGAAUUUAGAGGUAACGAGACUAGUGGAAAUAUAAUACUUAAAGAAAUUGAUGAGCUUGGUAAAAAUGAUGAUUAUAAUGGAGCAAGAAAAUCAAAGACUUUAGAGUUAUUACAAGUUACAGAUAUAAUUAAAAAUGUACAUAAAGAGGAGGUCAAAAUAUAUUUGGACGAAAUUGCAAUAUUAAGGUCACAGAUUCUACAGAUGUCCAAGAAUCAAAUGAGGCAAAUGGAAGAACAAGAUAUAAUAGAGGAGGAAGAGGAAAUGAAUAAGAGGGAAGAAAGAGAUAGAAUUAAAAAUAAAGUUAGAAAAGAUAAUGUGAGUUUCGAUGAUAAAGAAACAAACACAAGCAUUGAACUACGUUUAGAGAUUUUGAAUUCAAUUGAGAUUUUACCGAAAAUUACAAAUAAUAAGUUUGGAAGUUUUUUGGUAAACAAAAUUGAACUUCAACCUGAGUCUUUGAGAGAAACUACAACACAAACUCUUAAUAAUGAAUUGUUAAUAGAGAAAAACAACUAUAUUCAAAGACUUGAAGAUUUAAACAUUGAGAUUCAAAGACAAUUAGAUUCCAGAAAUGAGCAGUUUUCAUCUGUAAGUCUUGAACUUGUUAAACAAAAAAGUCUUCUUGCAAGAGAGUCUGAGAAUCUUAAAAAAAGCCAGCAAUCAACAUUAGAUAUGGAAAACCAGCUAAAACAACUCUUAGAAAAGGUAUCAGAGAAUGAAAAGUAUUAUUUGGAACAACAGGAAUCAUUUAACAAGGAGAUUAUUCUCCAGAAUGACAUGAUUCAGAAAUUGGAUUCCGAAAAAAAGACUUUAUGCAACUUUUUGGAAUUCUUACUACAGUUCACUAACUAUCAUAUUAAAAAUGAGUCCAUUCUUGAAUUAAAUUUCUCUGACUUCUUAGAAAAUUAUUCCCAAGAUUCAAUGAUUUCUGAAAGUUAUCCCAACUUACUUGAAUUUAUUAUUAUCAUCGAUAAAAUCCUCGAGCCUUUAAAAGAACUUUUAUUAAAGAAAAAUAUUCUCUUAGUAGAUACAGAAACUCAAACUAAUCUUCAACCUCAGAUUAAACCUAAACUAAAAAUUGAAAGAAUUUCCAAUAUUUUUAUUCAAUCAAUAAGCAAUUUUCUGAGUCAAAAUUACUAUGAAGAUACCCCUAUUACAAGCAAUUAUAUUACAGAGAAUUUACAUAAAAAAGAUAUGUCUUAUAAACCUAUUAACGAAAGAAAUCUUGAAUUUGUAAGUAAUGUAUCAGCUACAAGACUUAGAAAUGAAAUCAACAUACUUAAAAAUCAGUUAGAUGCUUCUAGACAAAAACUCAAGUUAAAAGAUCUUGAAAACAAAAAACUUUCGGAGGAAAUCUCUUACUUAAAGAAUAAAAUCAUCAGAAAUAAAACAUAUAAUUCAUCUUUAUCAAACCAAAACUUCAACUACGAAAAUAACGAAAAUUAUAAACUAAUUAAUAAUUUAAAACUUAAUAAACUUUCCAGAUCUAAAAACUACUACUCAUCAUUAAACUAUAACAAGUACUCCGAUGAAAAUUGGGAUGAAAUCUUCUCUGUCAUUCAACAACUUAAAGGACCAUAG